CCCCCCCCCCCAGCGGGGCGGGCGCCAUGAACUGCAUGUGGCGCGUCACCCGCGGCGUGUGGCAGCUGGAGCUGCGCAAGCUCAUGGUAUUCCUCAUCGCGUUCGGCGUGCUGUCCAUGUGCCUCACCAUGUACUACAUGAACGACUCCGACAAGGUGAAGGAGCUGCGGGUCGGGCCGCGCAUCGGCUGCGACGACAACAGCACGGGCGGCUCGGGGGCGAGGGCCGUCGCCGGCAACGCGAACCGCGCGGCCGCCGGCGGCCGCCGUGGCCGCCGCCGCGGCCGCCGCCGCCGCGGCCCGCCCGAGACGGAGCCCGUGGUGCUGGUGUUCCUCGAGAGCUACUUCUCUCAGCUCGGCCAGGAGAUCAUCGCCAUCCUGGAGAUGAGCCGCUUCCGCUACCGGGCGGAGAUCGCGCCGGGCAAGGGCGACAUGCCCACGCUGACGGAGAACCGGCGCGGCAAGUACGCGUUGGUCGUGUACGAGAACGUGCUCAAGUACGUGAACCUGGACGCGUGGAACCGCGAGCUGCUCGACAAGUACUGCCUCGAGUACGGCGUGGGCGUCAUCGGCUUCUUCAAGGCGAACGAGAACAGCCUCCUGAGCGCCCAGCUCAAGGGCUUCCCCCUCUACCUGCACUCGAACCUGGGGCUCAAGGAUUGCUUCGUGAACCCCAGCUCGCCGCUGCUCUACGUGACGCGCGCCAAGGAGGUCAUCCAGGAGCCGCUGCCCGGCGACGACUGGACCGUGUUCCAGUUCAACCACUCGACGUACCUUCCCGUGCUGCUGGCGCGCACCAAACGUCAGGACCUGAUCCCGCACCCGGGCGUCGCGCCCGUGUACCACCCCACGGUGGUGCAGGACCUGGGCCUGUACGACGGCGUGCAGCGAGUGCUCUUCGGCAACAACCUGGCGCUGUGGUUGCACAAGCUGGUGUUCGUGGACGCCGUGGCGUUCCUGACGGGGCGCCGCCUCGCGCUGCCCCUCGAGCGCUACGUGCUCGUCGACAUCGACGACAUCUUCGUCGGCAAGGAGGGCACGCGCAUGAAGGUGCAGGACGUGGAGGCCCUGCUGAACACGCAGAUGAAGCUGCGGGAGCGGGUGAAGAACUUCACCUUCAACCUCGGCUUCUCCGGAAAAUUCUACCACACAGGCACGGACGAGGAGGACAAUGGUGACGACAUGCUCAUCUCCCACCGUGACCAGUUCUGGUGGUUUCCACACAUGUGGAGCCACAUGCAGCCCCACCUCUUCUACAACCAGAGCGUCCUCGUCGAGCAGAUGGGACUCAACCGCCAGUUUGCCCUGGACCACGGCAUCCCGACGGACAUGGGCUACGCUGUGGCGCCGCACCACUCGGGCGUCUACCCCGUGCACACGCAGCUGUACGAGGCGUGGAAGAGCGUGUGGAACAUCCGCGUGACGAGCACAGAGGAGUACCCGCACCUCAAGCCCGCGCGCUUCCGCCGUGGGUUCAUCCACCGCGGGAUCAAGGUUCUCCCUCGCCAGACGUGUGGCCUCUUCACUCACACCAUCUUCAUCAAGGAGUAUCCCGGAGGCUCCAAGGAGCUGGACAAGAGCAUCCAGGGGGGCGAGCUCUUCCUCACCGUGCUGCUCAACCCAAUCAGCAUCUUCAUGACGCACCUGUCCAACUACGGCAACGACCGUCUCGGGCUGCACACCUUCGAGACCCUGGUGGACUUCGUGGGCUGCUGGACGAACCUGCAGCUGGCGACGCUGCCGCCCGUGCAGCUGGCGAAUAAGUACUUCCAGCUGUUCCCGCAGGACAAGGACCCCCUGUGGCAGAACCCUUGCAACGACAAGAGGCACCAGGACAUUUGGUCUAAAGAGAAGACCUGCGACCGCCUGCCCAAGCUGUUGGUGAUCGGGCCCCAGAAGACCGGCACCACGGCACUCUACACGUUUCUGAAGCUUCACCCGGCCAUCACGAGCAGCUUCCCCAGCCCUGCGGCCUACGAGGAGGUGCAGUUCUUCAACGGCGCUAACUACCACCGAGGCCUCGACUGGUACAUGGAGUUCUUCCCGGCGCCGUCGAACCGCAGCGCGGAGCUGUUGUUCGAGAAGAGCGCCACGUACUUUGCGAGCGAGCCGGCGCCGCACCGCGCCUUCGCGCUGCUGCCCACCGCCAAGCUCAUCACCAUCCUCAUCCCGCCCGCCGACCGCGCGCACUCGUGGUAUCAGCAUCAGAGGGCACACCGAGACGCCGCUGCCACCAACUACUCGUUCCACGAGGCCAUCGCGGCCGGGCCCGAGGCGCCCGCCUCACUGCGCAGCUUGCAGAGCCACUGCCUCCUGCCGGGCCGCUACGCGUCGCACCUGGAGCGAUGGCUCGCCAGCUACCCGCCGAACCAGCUGUUAAUUAUCGACGGGCAGCUCUUCAAGGUGAACCCGGCGGAGGUGAUGGAGCGAGUUCAGAAAUUCCUCGAGGUCAAGCCGUAUCUCAACUACACGCGCACGCUCACGUUUGACGUGGAAAAGGGCUUCUGGUGUCACGUGCUCCCGGACGGCAAGCGGCAGUGCCUGGGCACCGGCAAGGGCAGGAGAUACCCCGAGAUGGAGCCGCGGUCACGGGAGUUCCUCUCGGACUACUACAGAGAGCAGAACGCGGAGCUGCUGAAGCUGCUCAGCCGCCUGCGCUACCCGCUGCCCACGUGGCUGCGCGACGAACUGCCGCCUCCGAGGCCUCGCCCGGACCCCCACAAGAACAGAUAGCAGCGAAAACGCCCCCCGCACUUCCGCGCCGAUGGUUCGGUUCGCACUGCGCGCCUCUGAGCCGGGCCUGGCCCAUUGCCGCUGAGCAGGGGUGGCGGGGGGGGGUGUGUGCGGGGGGCGUGGGGGGCGCCGCCAGCUGGCGCCGUCGUUAUUUGCACAGUUACUUUUUUUUCCUUCCCCCUUUUGACAGUGGAUGUCGUCGCUUCUCGUCUGCGGCGGCCGAGUUGGCCGCGUGUGUUUUGAUCUUUCGGUUUGGAAAGAUUGGGAUUUCCUUGGGCGAUCCCUUCGUUGUACAUUGUCGGCGUUGGCGCAAACCGGAGUACCCAGAGAAAACCCAUCCGGCACGACGAGACCACAAGCUGAAAAGUGCAUUGAGAUAAGUCCGCUGGUUCAUACUCCACAUCGCUGCGACAUCAUGUUGGAGUGGCGGUACGCCAGCGUCACUGGAACAUCAAGACCUGGAGGAUGGUCCGCUGUUCACGCCGCUGCACCUCACCGUCGCUCUUCCCUCUGCCAGAUUCCCGCCUGCUUGGCGGGCUGCAGGUCGCCGACCCUCUGGCUGCCGCUCCAAAGCGCGUCUCGGUGUCUCGCGCCUCCUUCCAUCCGGCGCGCUCGUUCCACUCGUCGGUGAAACCCUCUCCCGCCCCGCCGCGUCGUCUUUCCGAACGUCCACGCUUAUUUUUUUGCGCCCUGGAACGGUCAACGCGAAGUGUCGACUGGACGACUCCACAGCGACCGUUGGGGAUAAACGUCGCGAACUGCCUCUCGCUCGCUCGCACGAGGUCGCAAGAGGCUCGUGGGGCCCAAGCCAAGGUACCCCGAUGGGACAAUGCAAUAUUCCAGUGCGGCCUCGUUGAAGGCAUUGGCUUCCUCUUCUCAUCUCAGCUGUGAAUAUGUGAAUAUUUCUUGUUUGCCGAGUCGACCUCGUUCUCGAUUGUCGUGGUCUCGAAGCCGUGAAUGUGAUGGCUGGAGCAUUCGGAUUUAGCGACGGCUGCGUUCAAGGACCACAGACGGUUGCACUUGACAACAAUUGUUUCCGACAGGUGUACAUAGAGGCCCCCUCUUCGAUGUAAAUAUGUGCAUAGUUGUGCAGACCAUGGUGCAAAGGUCAUAAAAGGCGAUUGUAAAUGCUGACGUGCUGUGUUUAUUUGAUGUCAGGGUUUUAUUCUGGUAGCUACACAAAUGUCCGGGUUCAAGCCUUUGAAGCCACUACUUUUUUACAGCUGAAUGUGAAGUCGUAGAAAGUGUCUCGGUUUGUCACUGAUUACUACACACACACAACUGUUGCUAUUAAACGUCGGGUUGUGUUUAAUUGUGCUGUAGUCCUUUGAAUUAUCCACCCAGGGGAAGCCUCAGUGAGUCCCUCCAUGCUCUUAUGAUCAAGAGGGCCCUGCAUUUGGGAUGUUUGGCCAGUUUAUUUUUGAGCGUACAUUAGCAAGUAUAGAAUGAGUCGGCCAGAAUUGCUUUGGAACAUCCACAAUAUUACAAGAAGAUGACGUUCGAACUCGACUACAGAGAUUGAGCAUCGUCCCUCUCUUCUGUUGUAUCAUUAUAUACUCCACUGCCCCACACAAACAGGGCUCUUAAUGAAAUUGACUGUGACACUUUUGUAAAUCACCCAACCGCAUCGGGAUUUAUUUCGGCAGCAUUUAUAGCAAAAUUGCAAAGGUGCUCACUGCCCACAUCAGCGUGCGGUGGCGGUGUGUCGUAUUUAGUGCUCCGUUGCAAGUGCGUUUGGUCAGAAUUGUCCUUUUUUUCACAUAAGCUUCAUAUCCAUAAUAGAGGUUUUAUUUUUUGGGUUAUAUCUCGUCAACAUAAAUGUGUCGUUCAACCCGCCACCACCCGACACUACUUCAGCGCACCGGUGUGGUGGAGAGUAAACCCACUACAGCAUUGACGAUUCUAGCACCGUGAUGUUUCGCCGGUGAUUACAACCAGCCUGCAUCAGGCGACAGCCACAAUUGUGGAGAAACCCUCCUGUUUCGGUCUUAAAUAGAGGGAUAAUUGAAUUUUAAAAAAGCUCUUAUGGAUAAUAUUGGUCGCGAAAGCUUAGUGUCAAACUGACGAGCCUCUAUGGGGGAGGAUACUUUUUUCCCAUAUAUUUUUCUUUCUAAUUUUCAUUUAAGUUUCUUUCUUAUCCCCUGCAGUUGAAUUAAUCAUCCAUUCGAAUCCCACUCGAGUACAUUUCAGAUUUUUAAAAACCUGAAAAAAACCGGCCAGCCCAACGUAAACGGAAGUGAACGGUUUAGCGGCGUUGCAAAAGGGGACGGGCAUUGCUUGCGGCAGGCAUGAGCCCGCCAGUAAAUGACGCGGGGACGAUUGAGCGAGUGGAAUCGGGCAGCUGAGUUUGUGUGCAAAUUAGCUGAGCGGCGUUCGAGCCAAGCACGGGGGGGGGGGGGGGGGUCACUCCGCAUUGCGCGCGGUGAUUUGGCGGAAUUGUAACUCUAAAAACUCACCCCACGUGUGGAAAAAGGGGUCGCUGUGAAAAUCAAUGUACUCGUGAUAAGGCAACGGACUUUGAGUCUCUCCCGCUCAGUUUUGUUUUUAUAUUUUGCCUUGUGGGAGCAGUGACGUGAAGCUGGCCAACUGGUGUGUGUGCAUCACAGGCCACCACUGUCGCCACCCUUCUGGCUUGUGCUCACAAGUUUAUAUACACAAGUUUUCUCUUUUUCAUCAUCAUCGGCUAAAAAAAUAAAAAUGGGGUGCUUUUAUAAAAAAAAAUACGAAAAACUCAACUUACCUUUCAAAUUUUUUAUCGAAGCAAACACCUUAACAUUUCAUUUUUAAUAUUUUAAUGUAAAGUUAUUUAAAGAGAUCAUCUCUAUACAAGAUUUGUUUUCAAAUCUGAAACACGGUAUCCAUUAUAUUUUAUUAACACACAAGGUGCAAAACAAGAAUCGGUUUCAAAUGAACAUAUUUUUCGAUGUAUUUACAAGCUAAAUGGUUGUAGCAUUUCAGAAUCACUGCUCAUGUUCAGCUGCUUUGUCAAUCCACUGGUCGACUAAGGCCUCGCCAUGCCAUGCCCGGUCAUGGGGAGAGUUUGACCAUACCUCACCGCACUGGUUAAUGCGGGUUGGUGAACAGCUGAGAUCCAAGGGAUCGAUUCAAAUAUUGCCAGCCGUGGCCAGACAUCUAUCAUGCUAAUCGCUGCCCUGUCGUUUUUCCUUAUGCGAUGCUCGAAUGUUCCACGCUUUGCGUUGAGUUCUAGCAGCGAUGCCAUCACAAAAAAAUCCUCAAAAAUGUGUUCCGCCACAUUGUUUCAAAGUCAUAAGAAUAGCAACAACAAAUAUCUAAAUUAUUGCGAUCCUUAAUUUACCCAGGAAAGCCUCGCCGAGGCUUAAGACUUUAUUUCGGGCUCUGCGUUGUGACGGAUCCUUAAUUGGCGUUGCAGAACCAGGCUGUCCACUCUUCCCAUCGCCGAUCCCCACCCUUGCGAUCUGUGCCCCCGCUACUCGCCCGCCUGUGUGGGAGAGCACACGGUCUCGUGCCACCCUGCCGUAUUUAUCUGGCUCCAGUGUACAUCUACCCCCCCCCCGUGCCCCCAAUGUGUUUUUAACGUUCCGUCGUGGGACAAUAAGUAUCGUGGUGCAAUUUCCUUUUUUUUUAGCACUGACUUUUUGUAUAUUUAGAAUCGAUGCAAUCUGUGUAUAUGAGCAUUUCAUUAUUUCUUGGGCAAAGGGAAAUAACGCUUGGCGGCAGCUGGAAAUGUUUUCGUUGUCGAUGAAAAAAAAUGUUGGUUCGGUUUCAGUUCUCUGCUGAACCACGACUGUGGUUUUGUCAUCGAGGUUAGGCAUCUUGUGCACGCCUUGAUAUCAGCAUAAAGUAAACCUGUAUACCGAAAGCAACAAUAGUAUUAUAACGCACAUUUGCAAGAGCCGAGAGGGCGGCCAUUUUCACGGAACACAAACGGGACGAAAAAGGAACGGACUAAAUUAUUACGCGAACACAUUCAGCGGUGUAAAUAAAAAAAAUAAAGCGAUCGCGCAGCACCUGACGUUGUUAUUUAACACACGUUGGCCCAGCGGCCGGUUUGUUAGUUGCCUGUGUUGUGAGCGCGGCAGCUUCGGAGCGCCAGGUGGGUUCCCAGAACCAGUCUUAUCUGUACAGAACCCCUCUUUCCACCGGCACAUCCGAGCCGUGCCAGCUCGGCACCUCGCGCGGCCCGGCCACGGGCGUGGGUCCUCUCUCUGUUGCGCAGUGGAAAAAAGUGUGGUCCGUGUUCCCAUGGCCGCGGGCUACACCGCACCCCGGUUCGUUUUGUCCGGACUCCCGCUUUGGUGGUGGUGGUGGUGGCGGCGCUGUUGUUGUUGUCUUCGUGGUUGCUCGUGAUGCUCGCCCCGAGGGGUGACUCUUUCGUGUUUCAAGAUGUGCCAAGUGUGCUCAAGUUCACGCAGCCAGUUGCUCGCCGGCACCGCCGCUUAGGGGGGGGUGCAUUAGCGAUGUUGGAGAGAGGGGGGUGACUUAAACAUUUUAAUUUGCCUGUGAUUAUGGAUUACUCCGGGUCGUAGUUGGAUCGUGACAUAAUCCCUCCCGUUUUUGGUGCUUGGAAAAGUGAUGUUAAGUUAUUACUUAAGUGACGGUUUUAUUCAAAUUAGCAUGCGUUAGGUCGACUUAAUUUUCAAAAUGCUGACACUGUUAUGAUUGCAGGCUUUGUACGUCAUGUUCUCGCAUUUAGCCAAGCUGCUGACAACCUUAAUUUGCCUUAUUGUUUUGUUAAUUAUUUUGAGUUGUAUAUUCUUUUUUUAUGAACAGAAUAACAAAAAGUAAUCAAUUGGCGUACGCUAAAUAUAAGUAAUCUGAUUUAGAACUGAAAUAGUUUAAGGAUAUGCCUUUAGUAAUCUGAUUAUAGUGAUGGAUUACUUGAAAUAUGACUUGCCAACUGGGUGUGUACCUUAAGGGAAGCGGUAGUGUAGCGGUUAGCGCGCUGCGCUACGAACCCGGUGACCCGAGUUCGAUUCCCGCUCAUGGCCAACACCGGUGACAAUUAUCUGAACCUGUCCUGGGCCUCCCCUAGGUUGACUCGGCCUCAAAUGAGUAACCUGGUGCGGUGUGUAAACAUCGCCACCGGGGAGACAAAGGAGGCCGGGCGUGGUGCUGGCCACCCACUCCCUCGCGUGCCGUGCCGGCCUUAAUAGGUGCUCGCUAACUGAACUUGCCCCAACAGUCUGUUAUGGCCAUAUAAAUGUAAAAAAGAGAAAAAUUCACAAAAAACAUUCACAGGCCUGACCGUGGGUCCCCCCCCCCCCCCCUUUGCAAAGUAAUGUGGUCAAAAUCUGAUUGAACAAAGAACAUCCGCUUAUCGAUUUAAAAUAUCUCUUGCAAAUGUUAAUCUCAUUUAAAAUUCCAAACGCAUUUUUCCAAUUCAAAUCCCAUUAAUUUGCCAUUCAAUUUCUGCGAUGAUGCCAUGCAAUCGUAUACAGCUGUGCGUGUACGCAUAGCUGCGUGCACAUACCCUGUCGUCUCCUUUUAAAAAAAAAAUUCGUUGGGUUGCUUCACAUCAGAGGCUGCCCCUUGUUUUGUCGCUAACGCACACAGUUUACAAAACUCGGGACUUUAAGGCACGCGUCAGUCGAAGCAUCAUCCGCAUGCAGCUUCAGUGUCACGUUGGAGCGAGGGCAAACUUCGUUACUGAGAAGUCAACUAAAGUUGUUCGGCAACAGCUGUGGUUUCAGAGCUAAGGACCCGUCUACGCCAUAGCACACGAGUUACGUCUUAAUUAAAUCCAUACCGCCAAAGGUCUUGACAUGUAUAGUAUAUAUACGCCGGCUGUGAGACAGUGGAUGGAAGUUACAGUCCCGUAGUCAGGGUUGGUUGCUGUAAAAUAUUACAGAUUUUUUUUUCCCAACCCAGGGUGUGGGGUGGGGGACGAUUGGUGAGGUUCGCCCUCAAUGGGAAUUUGAAUAACUAAAAUAAACAAUUAUACAUGGCACUUGGUGUUUGUGAAAGGAUUUAGGGAAAAAGAAAAAAAACAUGUGUUUAUGCAUGGGGUCUAAUACAGUUUUGUAUUAAAGGGUUUUCAUCCGAUUACGACAUACAUCCUGUAACGGCUGCUAAAAUAUAGAUGGUGCAAAUUGAUCAAAUUGAUCAAAUUGAUGAAAUUGAUCAAAUUGCUCGCAAGUUGCUUCAUUGAGAGAGCCACAUCACCACUACCCCACCACCACCUCCACCACCAGCACCACCAGCACCACCAGCACCACCUCCACCAGCACCACCACCAGCACCACCAGCACCACCACCUCCACCAGCAGCAGCCCACGACUGAUGUCCACUUGCUGGCCAGUGCUGUGGCUACAACCAUGCCUUGUGCCACACACAGGGGCAGCUGCCACAGGGGGUCCCCUGCCACAUCAGGGCAUUUGUGAGAUGCACUGCAUGGAAAGGCGCGGUGUCAAUGUUAAUGGUAUGAUGCUGCUGCCGAUCAUGAUAAUGCUGAUGAUGAUGCUGAUGAUGCUGAUGAUGCUGAUGAUAACAUUAACACCGCAUCGUCCCGCGGUCGACGAAUCCGCUGCCGCCGUCGCACGAAAUCCCGAUGAGAAUCUCAAGAGAACGGAGCGGCAACACUUGGCACAUGUUUGUCAACACGCCGAGACGCACAGUGGAUGCUUUUUUUGUUCUUUCUUUUAUUUCUUCAUCUUGCCUAGAAGUCUAGCGUUAGUGUUAAGUCUCUUAACACUGUCACGGCCAUUCAUAUUGAAUGAGUUAGAGAUGUAGAGAAGGAGUUUCAUUUUCUGGGUGAAAGCCAGGACUUUAUAUAAACUGCUUUGUUUAUAACUACAGGGUUUUUUGGGGGGGGGAAUGAUGUCUGUGCUUGAUUAAUAUUGUAACGAAAAGCCUUGUAGCAUUUUAUUUUUAAAAUAUUAAUCUCUUAUGUUGCCGUACUGGAUGUUAUGUUUUACUCGAGUCUCAGUCAUUACCAAGGUGAACGGUUGGAAAUAAUUUGAAUCGGUUGUUACACUUGGAUCUUUAACAAAAAUGGUUUUUAAAACAAUCGUGAUGUUUUCGUAUCUGCAAUUUAUCGUCUCGUAUCUCAUCAUUCGUAAUGGUAAUGGAAGACGGUCCACAUGUGAUGGCUAAAACAAUCUCAUUGUUACGAAACAAUUUCCAAGGAUACUUUUUUUAUCCAACUGGUUAUAGUAUUUUUGUCAAUAAAAACUAAAGUGGGUACCGUAUUCUUUGAAUUAAAAGACACCCUUUUCUCCCCUGUAUUUUAAAACAAAAGUUGCGGGCAAGACCAGAUAUUCGUACCUUUAUUGACACUGGCCACAUGUUUGAGAUGCCCCCUUAUUUUCUAGGGCGUCUCGUAAUCUGGAGAAUGCGGUAACUUAAUCAAGCUCUGUAAAAAAAAAGUGUUGUAAGAAUGUUGUCGUCACUGUCAUUGCCUUUUAAAUUGCCAGUCGAGUGAACGUGGCCCUGUUACCGCGAAACAAAUGAACAAUUAAUAAAAUAUCACGACACUGUGACUUUAGUGCUCAUUUUAAGUCCGGCGUUGAUUGAGGGUCACAGAAGCCAGCGUUUGAUUGGCUGUGACGAGGCGAGUGCGCGCGACCUUCCACGUCAUCUUCCCCUCUUGUUUCAGUCUCAAACGUCGUUUGUGGCCAUGCAACCGUUAAGUUGUUGUGUUUUUUUAAACAGUUUUCGUAAACUAGAAGUGCAAUGUCAUACCGACACGAAUUUUGACUGAUGAACUGAAAUGUGUAACUUCAAAGGAAACGUGUCCGGUGCAAAGCAAAGAAAAAAAAUAUUGUAUUUAAUUCCACGUGUAAAUGUUAGUUUCGAAGUCUUAAUAUAUUUAUAGCAUUACAUGAAUUAGUAACCACAAUGAUGCUGUAAAUUACGUAAUAAGUCUUAAACAUAACCAGUAAAAAGAAUGGCUUCCAAUGUGUCUGACUGUACAACGAAUAUAAGUCAAAUCGUGCUAAAUUGUACAAUUAACAACCUUUCCGUGAUGUGAGUAAAAUGAUGAGCUCAAGUAAAGUAAAAAAAAACGAACAACACAAUGUUUACAUACGUGUUUCAUGUUUCCUUGUCAUCGGCUUUCGCGCCUCCGUAGUAGAAAGUCACGCUCCCGGGAACUUUGGCGAUCAAUUCAAAUUUCAAUCGAUCUCACUUUCGAAAGAUCCCUUUUAUAAUCCCCCCGCCCCAGCCAAAGUUGCUUUGCGCGCUACCAAAGACGUCCUCGGUUAUGUUUUUGUUACCGAGCCAUAUCACCUGAUAGGACUCCCUUUUACAAACCUUUGCCAUAUUAAGUACUUCACCGUUGCCAAGACAAAAACAAAUGCGAAUUGGCCUUAUUCUGCCAAACCGCUUAAUUUAACAAUAUAUAUUGUACCGUAUUAGCGUUCAUCCCUUAAUGCGCGCAUUGCGUUGUGGGUGGUGUACUCCGACGCGCUCAGACCGUCCCAACGACAGUGCAACCCCCGCCUGUUACAAAACAUCACAAUCCUUGUGCCGUCUCCGUGCAUGAAUGGAACCCCCCCUUUAAUUCACGGCUCCCAGCUUUGUUUUGCGAGUUCUCGUUGGCUUAAGAUGCCAUGCACACUUGUCAAAGUUGCAUCUUAGGCCAAAGCACACAAACGCUGUAAAUACACUAAAGGCCUCCCAAACAGCCUGAACAGACUUUUGGGGGCAAGCACUGUUAGCAACGCAUUUUGUCUUAAGAUGCAACUGCUAUGGUUACGUGGCAUCUUAAGUCGUACACACACACACGCGCGCGCGCUCACUUUACGGGGUUCCAGGGCUUUGGAUGACGAAUUCCCUUUGCCGUCAUUCGAGGCUGGGCUGUGCGGGGAAACGAAUUCCUUGGCGUCCUUUGGCUUCGGCACAUGUGGAGUGACGGCUGGCACGUGUCAAGAGGCAAAACGCUGCCACUUGGUGAGAGUUCGUAAGCGGCGAGUCGCUGUCGAAUCACGCGUGGUCCUCCAAGUCCACCUGGUAGAAAAAAAGGCUUUUCGUUGCAAUUCAGUUGUAAAAGCAUUGUGAACAAACUGCAUGGUUUUCGCUAAUUUGCUAGUCUGUGAAGAUACUA